UUAAAAUUUUAUGGAAUGACUAAAGAUCCGGAAACUAAAGAAUUUAUGAUGAUUAUCGAAUUUGCGAAAAUUGGAAAUUUGAGAUGUUUUCUUUCAAGUAAUUUUAAAAACAUUUUGUGGAAAGACAAAAUUAAUUAUUUACAUGGAUUAUCACAAGACCUAAAAUAUUUACAUAAAUUAGGAUAUUUUCACAAGGAUUUUCAUAGUGGAAAUAUAUUAUUGAACUAUGAGAACAAUGAAAAUACUUCAUAUAUUUCAGAUUUUGGAUUAUCAGGACCAUCAAAUGAACAAAAAUCAGAUAAUAAAAUAUGUGGAGUAUUACCAUAUAUUGCUCCAGAAGUUUUAAAUGGAGAACCAUAUAUAUUAUCAUCUGAUAUUUAUAGUUUUGGUGUAAUUAUGACAGAAUUGUCAUCCGGAAAACCGCCCUUUCAUAAUAGACAACAUAAUACUGGCUUAUCACUGGCAAUAUGUAAUGGACUCAGACCAGAAUUUGGAAAAGGAACUCCUGAAAUUUAUAAAAAAUUAGCUUAUAGAUGUAUGAAUGCCAUUUUUAAUCAAAGGCCAACAGCAGAAGAAUUGUACGAU